AUGGUGGCAUACGUCUCAACGUUCAUACUCAAACGAAAUUUGAUGAAGAGUAGACCUUUAAAGACGUGCUGUUUUUCUCCAAUGUUUUCACGUGUUUUUUCGGUGACGGUGACGGUGAUCUUGUGGCAGUGUGGCGAUGCCACAAGUGAAGUUGCAAAUUCGACGGGAUCGUUGGCGGGAUAUGGAUUUGAAAUCAUGCUGGCCAAGCUGGAUUAUCUACAGUACAAAGUGCUCGAGCUAGAUCUCGGAGCGAAGGAACACACGGAGGUGAUAAUGCAGAACCAAAACCAUCUGGAGACCGUCUUCCGGAGCCUCCUAUGGUCCAUCAGCCAGCUCGACCAAGCAGUCUCGUACAACCUCUCGACCAUUCAGGAUCAAUCGCGGAAGAUUCUCUCACAACAAAUCGCAUGUGCUAACCACGAACAGAUGCGUGCGGAAAUUGCCCGUCUUGCGCCGAAGCCAACCCUAUCCACCAACUCACCGACCCUACACGAUCUGUGCAGUACGCGCAUGAAGGGACCGUUUCCAACAUGCAAGGAAGUACCGUCCAAAGUUCCCGGAAAGUAUCUCAUCCAACCGGGUGAGACAGAUGAACCAUUUGUGGCGUUCUGCGAGCAGAUCCGCUUCGGUGGAGGAUGGCUCCUGGUGCAGCGUCGGUUCGAUGGGACGCUGAACUUCAAUCGUCACUGGAAGGAGUACCGCGAGGAGUUCGGAAGCGCCGAUGGCGAGUACUGGAUUGGGCUGGAGCGGCUUCAUCGGUUAACGACGGUGCGAUCCGUUGAGUUGCUGGUGGAAAUGGAGGACUUUGCCGGGAACUACGGAUAUGCACGUUACAAGGAGUUCGCCAUCGGCAACGAGACCGAUCAAUAUGUCCUGAAGAAGUUGAGCGGGUACCGGGGCACUGCAGGAGAUUCACUCGCCACGCACAAAGGGAUGAAGUUCACAACGGUCGACCGGGACAACGAUCUGGCGGACGGAAACUGUGCCCUACGUCAUGGUGGAGGCUGGUGGUACUACAAGUGCCAUCCGUCCAACCUUAACGGGCACUACUUGAACAAAAUGGACUGGGUUGCCAUCAUCUGGCAUAGUUUUAAGAAUUCCACGCAAGGGUUGGCAUACACUAGGAUGAUGAUUCGUGCGGUUUAA